ACACACGUCAUAUGACUGAAUCGCGUGCUCUCAUUGGCCAGCUUAUACUCCGUGUUUAUUUCCGGAAGUAAGCUGUUGUUGGUGUCAGACUUUCCUUAAGGACUAUUUAAAGCUCAAACCUACAGCAGCGCAACGACAGGAUGGCACAUUGGUUUCACAGAAACCCACUGAAAGCAACAGCGACCGUGUCCUUCAAUUUUUAUGGAGUGGCAGGGAGCCCCGCUGCCAAUAAGAUAUGCAAUGACCUGAGGACAACCAGGGCUAGACUUCUGGAGAUGUUCACUGAUGUCACCUGCAACCCUGAGAUCAUGAAAAAUGCCACAGAUGCAUACUUCUCCCUCCUCCAAGGAUUUAUCUCAUCCUUGGAUGGAACUACACAGGAGAACAAGAUGAGGUUCAUCCAGAACUUCAAGUGGACUGACACCUUACAAGGAAACACACCAAGUGCCCAGCAGGAUGCAGUCUUUGAACUGGUCUCUAUGGCCUUCAAUGUAGCCCUCUGGUACACCAAGUUUGCCUCAAGACUAGCAGGAAAAGAAAACGUAACAGAGGCUGAAGCGAAAGAUGUUCAUCGGAGCCUAAAAGCUGCUGCUGGUAUAUUUAAAACCCUCAAGGAGGUCCACAUCCCUCGUCUCAUCACUCCAGCUGAAAAGGGCCGAGACCUGGAGCCCAGAGCGAUUGAUGCAUAUAUCAUCCAAUGCCAAGCAGAGGCACAAGAAGUAACCAUUGCCAGAGCGAUUGAACUGAAGCACAACGCCACGCUCAUCGCAGCGUUGGCAUUCGAGACAGCAAACUUCUAUCAAAAAGCUGAUCACACAUUGAACACCUUGGAGCCAGAGUGCAGUAGCAAAUGGAGGAAGUACCUUCAGCUGAAGCAGCACUUUUACAUGGCAUAUGCAUACUGCUACCAUGGACAGACACUGCUGGCGAGUGACAAGUGUGGUGAGGCUAUAAGGUCUCUCCAGGAGGCAGAAAAGUGUUACUCCCGUGCUGAGGCGCUGUGUAAAGAGUAUCGUCAGACCAAAGGCCCCGGCACCACAGCCAAACCUUCAGAGCAGCUGUUCUUCCUCAAACUGGGCGGCCUCAUUAAAAACACACUGGAGAAGUGCCAGAGAGAAAAUGGCUUCAUAUACUUCCACAAGAUCCCAGCUGAGGCACCCCAGCUGGAGCUGAAAGCGAGUUACGGCCUGGCUGAGCCAAUUGCCUUUGAGCUGCCGCCUCUCAGUGAGCAGUGCACUGCUGAAGUCUAUGCCACCUUUGACCUGACCAAGGGAGCCAAAAAUGACAAGGCCAAGCCCAAGGAGGAGGAGGUGAAACCAGUGAAGGAGCCAGAUCUGAAGCCUCAGAAGGACACUGGCUGUGUCCUCUCCUAAACUGUCCACAGAUUCCAUUUUCAGCCUCAUGCUAUUGUAACGAUGGCAUCCAUAUUUCUCUUCAUGUAAACCUCCAUAGGAAAAAUUUAUUUUUUUCUAAUAUUAAUCCAUGGUGUUUUACAUUUAUGCUGAAACGUGUAUUGUAUUUAGGUAUGACAGCCAUUACCCCUGCAUCCAAGCCAGAGCCAGUCCUCUUAACAGCUCACAGCUUCUCAUAAAGUGAACCUAUACUACAGAUUAUUGUUAGUAAAUACAUAUAAAAUGAAAUAAUUUCUUUGAAUUGAGUUUUUUCAAUUAGGUUAUUUUUCAAACAUUUUUCAAUAAGCCUUAUCGGUAAAGUAGUCCUAUUAAUGGUGCCUUUGGCGGCAAUGUAAACCUGCUCACUGUGGCCUCUUACAGAAGUGUCAGGUUUUUAGUGCUCUGGUUUGAAUAUAGAUGACUCAAAUAAUGGAAAUUGGGCUGUAUUCUGAAAUUGUCCUCAGAAAAUGCACGCACACAAAACAUGCAGCAGUACCAUCUAAGAAGAUAAAAAAUAGGUUUUUAUAUUGAAUAUUUCCCACUACAGAGAAUAAGAUGCAACCAUCCAGAAUGAGAAAGGUGGGAAGCUGCAUUUUCACAAUCAUCUUGUAUGAUUUGUUCAGAACUUCCUCCUGAAACAAACUUCUGAUAAAUAACAGAGUUGAAAUCCAAAUCAAUAGAAGGAUAGACAAAAUGAACAUGACUGCGUGUGUCGUUGCUGGUGCAUUUGGUUUGUUGUAGCUGUAGGAGUUUACAAUCAAUACUUAAUUUAGAUCACAUAUGUACUGUAGUUCUUUUUGUACAUGACAUGAGGGUUUUUUAUUUUAUUUUUUUUAUUCUUCUAUUCAUUUAAGAAAACUUUCUUACUGGAUGAGGCUGAAUCAUUCUUUAACAUGCUAAGGGAUUCUGUGAUAUAUCCCUGAUAAUUUAUUUCUAUUGUUACGUAAUGAUAUUUUAGUUAAAAACACUUCUGACAGUUGUAUGUAACUCAAAUCAUAUGUUUUUGGUGAUGAUGAUUUUCACUUUUUCAGUGGCUGCAUCAGAAUAUCCGCUGAUACAUACAGUAAAGUGCUUACUCUUGUAAACUAUUUGGUUGCUGAGAGAGUGCUGUUGUCAAUAGCUGACACAAUGUAUGUACUGUUCAUCUAUUGAGUGUUAUCCCUUUCCUUUGAGACAAAGAUUAAGGCAUUAGUAUUAUCAGAUCUGGGGUUGAGAUGACACGACUUUCGUGUCUAAAGUUGUGUGCUGCUGAGGAGCUGCUUCACAAUUGUCAAAACACUCCUGCUUUAAAAAAUAAAGUCAGAUUAAUCAAAGCAUAGCUAUCAAUUGCUGGAAACUUGUAUAAACUGUAAUAUACUGCUCACGUAUACUCAUUUAUGCCCCUACAUGUAUAUUAGCUUACCUGAGCUACUCCAACAGUAGUGAAAAGCAGACAAACUACAUUUUAUUAUAGCACAUUGUAACACCUUUGCACUUUAUAUUCAGCUGUUCAUUGAUUUCAACGGGGAUCUGAGGGAAUUUUGUGGCCCAGGCAUGUAACCAUUGUCCAUUAUACCUGGAACAGCAAGUUUAAAUGAGCAGGAACCCCACCAAUGCUAGUUCUUCAUUCUUUUUAAGGCAACUGUUUAUUACAAGGGUGUGUCACUUCACUAUUACAAUAUACACUCCUGUAGCUCAUUAUUCCUCCUCUAAUUGUGCCCUUCAUGUAAAAUGUAUUUCUAAAAGUAUUAAAACAUCCAUAAAACUCCA